UUUAGUUACUCUCGAUUCAUUCCCCCUCAAACUACCGACGGUCCUUUCUGCGGACUGUCUUUGACUCGUCCCGGUUCUUUUCCUUUUCCUUUUCUUGUCUUUUCUUUCCUUGCCUCGCUGUCAGUCACUCUUUCACGCUUUCCUUUCUGUCUGUUCGGAUUUUCGGGCUUCACCAUGCCCAUCCCCAUCAUCGUCCAGGGAGUGACGGAGGGUCUCACAUCCAUCCCGUAUGCCUGGGACAUCAUCAAGCUGGUGCCGUGGGCACUGCUCCUGGCCGCCCUGAAAUACUACUUCCGGGGAGCCCAGAACACCUCCGAGCGAGUGAUGCAUUCGAAGGUGGUGAUGGUGACGGGCGGCACAUCCGGCAUCGGAGCAUCCGUCGUACACGGCCUCGCCUCACGCGGCGCCCAAGUAAUCCUCCUGACGCAACAUUCCGCGAACGACAUCUUCCUAACCGAAUACAUCGACGACCUGCGCGCCGCGACCAACAACCAACUAAUCUACGCCGAACAAGUUGACCUCUCCUCGCUGCACUCCAUCCGCACCUUCGCCACCAAAUGGAUCGACAACGUGCCCCCCCGCCGUCUCGACAUGGUCAUCCUCUGCGGAAACACCAACCCCCCGCCCAGCAAGAAACGGCUGACCGUGGACGGCCUCGACGAGGAAUGGAUGGUGAACUACCUGGCCAACUUCCACCUGCUGAGCAUCCUCAGUCCGGCGCUGAGGGUGCAGCCCGCGUACCGCGACGUGCGGGUCAUCUUUGCCGCGUGCUCCGGGUAUAUCGGGGCGAAGUGGGAACUGGGGAGAGUGGGCGAGGCGGCGGCGAUUACGGCGGCGGCGACUGAGUCUGCGGCCGGGACAGGAGCAGGGGCAGGGACAGGGAAGGGGAAGAAGAAUAUCGGGAAACGCACGCCCACACCUAAGAAGAAGAAGCAGCAGCCGAUCAGUCUCUACGGCCUGAGCAAGCUCUCGCUGAUGAUCUUCGCGCAGUCUUUCCAGAAACAUCUGAACGCGUUCAAGCGUCCGGAUGGUCAGCAGAACAGCACGCGCGUGAUCAUGGUCGAUCCGGGGUUUAGUCGCACGCCUGGCUUCCGGCGGUGGAUGACGGGGGGGUCGUUGUGGGGGCUGUUCCUGUAUCUGCUGACCUGGCCGGUGUGGUGGCUUGUGCUGAAGUCGCCGCAGCAGGGCGCGCAGAGUAUUCUGUAUGCGGCGAUGGAGGGCGAGUACGGCAAGGGCGAGGGCGGCUGGAUGAUCAAGGAGUGUAAGGAGGUGGAUGUGGCGCGGCGGGAGGUCAAGGACGAGGGCGCGGGCAAGUUGCUGUGGCAAUUCAGUGAGAAGAUGAUCGAGGCCAAGGAGACGGAGAGCGCCGUGAUGCGGGCGAUGGAGAAGAAGGAGAGGGAGAGGGAGAAGCAGGAACAGGAGCAGGGCAAGACGUCGGGGACGGGCACAAAGGAGCAGACCCCGGGGUCGCGCAGGAGUCGCAAGGGGAAAUAAAUGCUGGUGGAGCUGGUUGUACAGUAUAGAUAAAAGUGGCCGAUUACCCUCCUCAAUGCAUUUUCCUAGCCAUGUUUGCCUGUUUAUCAGGGUUACAGCACCCUACCGAGGAGUACUAUAAAUACGAG